AUGGCAGCUUUCAACCUCACCCCCUCUGACCCUUCAUCAUUCAUCCUAAUGGGCAUCCCUGGCCUGGAAGCUGCUCAUAUGUGGAUUUCCAUCCCUUUCACAAUGAUCUACAUUAUCGGCCUUUUGGAAAAUUUCAUGCUUCUGUAUGUUAUAAGCAAAGAGCAGACCCUACACAAGCCAAUGUACCUGCUGCUAUGCAUGCUGGCACUCACAGACAUUGCCGUGUCUACCUCUGUUGUGCCAAAAGCAUUGUGCAUAUUUUGGUUCGAUUUGAAAACCAUUACUGUGCAUGGCUGCCUCACCCAGUCUUUCUUCCUUCACACAGUUGCUGUUAUGCAUUCAACCAUCCUCAUGACAAUGGCUUUCGAUCGCUACGUUGCCAUCUGUAACCCUCUGAGAUACACCACCAUCCUCACCAAAGGACGAGUUGCUAAACUAGGGCUUCUAGGUUUGAUCAAAUCUGUUCUCUUUGUUCUGCCUCUGCCUCUGCUUCUGAGCAGGCUGCCAUUCUGUUCCAAUCGCGUUAUUCCCCACACACACUGUGAACCGAUAGCUGUGGCGAAGAUAUCGUGUGGGGACAUCAGAGUGAACAGCAUAUAUGGAUUGGUGUUACUGUUUCUAGUCAUCGGUUUAGACCUGACUCUCAUUGCCCUGUCCUAUGGUCUCAUCAUAAAGGCCGUCCUCAGAAUCUCCUCCAACAAAGCCCACCAAAAAGCCCUCAACACCUGCACAGCCCACAUCUCUGUGGUGCUGAUGUAUUAUACUCCCAGCAUUUUCUCCCACCUAACACACCGUUUUGGUCUGGACAUUGCUCCGCACGUUCACAUCAUCUUUGCUGACCUCUAUCUUCUCAUCCCCCCCAUGCUCAACCCUAUCAUUUAUGGGAUCAGAACCAAAGAGCUUCAUGAGAAAUUGGGCAAAUACACCUGCAGACGGUGAUCACCUGGGCCACUGAUUUUAAACCUUGUGA